AUGGGGAGGAGCAUGGACUACGACAACGCCAAGAAGCCCAGAUCAGAUCAGCAGCAGCAGCAGCAGCGGAGGUCCAGGGCUGUGGUGCUGCUCCUCGUCCUCACCAACUUGGCCUCCAUCCUCGUCUUCUCCGGCGCCGGCGCCGCGCUCCACGCGCACGUCGGCCGGCGCUACCCGGCCCUCCACGCGUGGGGCUCGUCCAAGCUGCUCCGCGAGCUGAACGCGACGGGGCUGGCGCUCGCGGCGAGCCACGCGGAGGUGGUGGACCUGUCCAGCCGCCUGAGCGCGGCCAACAAGCAGCUCGAGGCCAUCCUGGGCGGCUCGGCCGCCAAGCGCGAGGCAGGAGCUCCCUCCCGGCGGCGAGCUGCGGCUGGCCCGCACCGGCUCCCGCUGGGGCCCUCCCAGCGGCUCGGCGCCGAGAGCGAGAUGUUCCCGGCGCUGGGGCAGGCGUGCCACCGGCACCGCGGCGAGCUGGAGCAGUACAUGAACUACACGGCGGGCGGGGAGUGCCCCUCCGACGAGGCGUUCGCGCAGCGGCUGAUGCUCAAGGGGUGCGAGCCGCUGCCCCGGCGCCGGUGCCGGCCGCGCACCCCCGCAGGGUACGUCGAGCCGACACCGCUGCCGGCGAGCCUGUGGGCGAUCCCGCCGGACACCAGCAUCGUGUGGGACGCGUACACGUGCAAGAACUACUCGUGCCUCGUGAGCCGCGGCAGGGCCAAGGGCAGCUACGACUGCAAGGACUGCUUCGACCUCGGCCUCGGCGGCCGGGAGAAGGACCGGUGGAUGCGCCGCGGCGGCAAGGACGACGGCGACGACCGCGGCUCCCUCGACUACACCAUCGACGGCGUGCUCGCCGCCGUGCCAAGGGGAACCGUACGGAUCGGGCUGGACAUCGGCGGCGGGUCGGGCACGUUCGCGGCGCGGAUGCGGGAGCGCGGCGUGACGGUGGUGACGACGACGAUGAACUUCGACGGGCCGUUCAACAGCUUCGUGGCGUCGCGGGGGCUGGUGCCGAUGCACGUCAGCGUGGCGGCGCGGCUGCCGUUCUUUGACGGGACGCUGGACCUGGUGCACUCGAUGCACGUGCUCAGCAGCUGGAUCCCCGACGCGGUGCUGGAGCUGGCGCUGUUCGACGUGUACCGAGUGCUCCGGCCCGGCGGCGUGUUCUGGCUGGACCACUUCUUCUGCCUGGGGGCGCAGCUGGACGCCACCUACCUGCCCAUGUUCGAGCGCAUCGGCUUCGAGAAGCUCCGGUGGAACGCUUGUUGGUGCCAAGCAGCUUCAAGUAUUUCACACUUGUUCAAGUCCCGCAUAUUCACUGACUAUUGUCUUUUGAAGCCUCUACGUGCUCAUUCACAGGGAGUCGGUUUUGGUUGGGGCACUACAUGCUCAUUUGAGGAACAAUAGUUAUAUAUCAAGAUCAUUUUUGUGACAAAACAGCAGCAGGGAUCACUGGUCAGAAUGGAUGAGUACGUUGCUAUGAUCGCUUUAAGGCCAAAAUUUCUGAUCGACGUUUAACAAUCAAGGAUGGGUUCCUCUUAAUACAAAGAUUCAAGGAAGGGUACUUUCGUACUGUUCUCUACGCAAUCGGAUGUUUUGAUUUUGGUGAACUGCAGAGGUCGGUUAGCUGAAAGACGAGGGCGGAUUGGAGGGUGCGGGAGUCGCCGAUGUACGAGCAAUGACAAGGCAGGCGAAGAAGCUCGGUGGCAGGGCUGGCCGGUUGGGAUGGAACGGAGGGCGAGCAGUGGCGCCGCAAGUUGCUCGGUCGGACUCAUCUGGCCGGUUGGGAUGGAACGGAGAAGAUAGGCAAGGUGCUCGGGCGUGCAGUCUUCCUUGGAGUGCGGUACCGGUGUUGAGCUAGCUAACGAAGAAUCCAGACGAGUCCGGACCAGGCCAGCAGCAGUUGACGU